GGUUUGAUUAAUGUCCAAUCAUACUCAUAACAACAAAAUGAACUCCUUUGGUCUCACGUUGACUGCUCUAUGCUGUGUAGUGGUUGUUCUUGGAGGGUUACCCUUCUCCUCAGAUGCACAACUUGAUCCUUCCUUCUAUAGGGACACUUGUCCAAAGGUUCAUUCCAUUAUUCGUGAAGUCAUAAGGAACGUCUCUAAGACUGAUCCUCGCAUGCUUGCUAGUCUCGUCAGACUUCACUUUCAUGACUGUUUUGUUCUGGGUUGUGAUGCAUCAGUUUUAUUGAACAAAACUGAUACCAUUGUGAGUGAACAAGAAGCUUUCCCAAAUAUCAACUCUCUACGAGGUUUGGAUGUUGUGAAUCAAAUCAAAACAGCAGUGGAAAAGGCUUGUCCUAACACAGUUUCUUGUGCUGAUAUUCUUGCCCUUUCUGCACAAAUUUCCUCAAUUUUGGCAGAUGGUCCUAAUUGGAAGGUUCCCUUAGGAAGAAGGGAUGGUUUAACCGCCAACCAAUCGCUCGCUAAUCAAAAUCUUCCGGCUCCAUUCAAUUCGUUGGAUCAACUUAAAUCUGCAUUUGCUGCUCAAGGCCUCAGUACUACUGAUCUAGUUGCUCUCUCAGGUGCUCAUACAUUCGGAAGAGCACGUUGCACUUUCAUCACUGAUCGAUUAUACAACUUCAGCAGUACAGGAAAACCUGAUCCAACUCUUAAUACAACUUAUUUACAAGAAUUACGUAAAAUAUGUCCUAAUGGUGGACCACCAAAUAACCUCGCCAAUUUUGACCCAACGACUCCUGAUAAAUUUGACAAGAACUACUACUCCAAUCUUCAGGGUAAAAAGGGUUUGCUUCAGAGUGACCAAGAGCUUUUCUCGACAUCUGGUGCUGAUACCAUUAGCAUUGUCAACAAGUUCAGUGCUGACAAAAAUGCUUUCUUUGAUAGCUUUGAAGCCGCCAUGAUUAAAAUGGGUAAUAUUGGUGUGCUGACCGGGAAAAAAGGAGAGAUUAGAAAACAUUGCAAUUUUGUUAAUUCAAAAUCAGUUGAACUUGGUCUAGUGAAUGUGGCUUCCACAGAUUCAUCGGGUAUGGUUAGCUCAAUUUAAGUACUUUAGGGUCACUAGUUUCAAAUGUAGUGAUUGGAGACCAUAAAUAAAGAUGUUAUGACUAGGCACAUUUGUGACUUGUGUCACAUAGUUACUAGGUGCUUUGUGAGGGAAGACUUUUUGUAUUUGAAGUAUUUCUUUGGGUUGUGUUCAUAAUCAAAUUUUCUCUAUCUUAUUUUGGACUUGUUUUGGCAAAAA